ACAGGUGUGUUAGGGUGUCAGUUCUACGUGUCUCACACUCCACUCUGGAGACGGGAGGCUGAGGCCCUAGCUUCUCCUCGCAGGAGUCCCAAACGCAGAGCUCCCCAAGAGAACCAGACAGACCUGCGUGGAAGGUUCUUACACUGCCAAUGUGGGUGUGGCUAGGCCCCAGGAUGCCCCAGGGGGAAUAGAAGUCCAACACCUGAAACCUCGGCUGUGGGGCUACCUUUCCAACCUCCUGCUCUACCAUGGGGCUCCUGUUGGCUGGACUGUGUGUUUGGGUGGCUCUGGGAUGGGUGGGGGCUUCGGACCCUUCUACAGGUCCUCCAGCUCCCCUGGGUCCUGCUGAGCAGGAGCAGGGACAUUACCUGGCACAGCUGUUUGGCUUAUAUGGAGAGAAUGGAACUCUGAGUGUCAGUGGCCUUGCCAGGCUCCUUCAUAGCCUAGGCCUGGGUCGGGUUCAGGGACUUCGACUGGGACACUCGGGCCCCACAGGGGGUAGGGCUGGGCCCUCCCCUGGGGACAAUUUCACACACAGACCACUAGACCCUGGGAUAAGUGUGGAUGUCUGGACAGGACUGCCCCUGGAACCCUCAGAAUGGAGGGAUUCAGAAAAGCCAGGGGCCUCCCACUUGCCCCAGGGGCCACCAGCCCCUGGCCUUGGUCUCUUUCACAGGCUACUGCUAGUGGACCAUUCACUGUCUGACCAUCUUAAUGAGGAUUGUCUAAAUGGCUCCCAGCUUCUUGUCAACUUUGGCUUAAGCCCAGCUGCUCCCCUGACGCCCCGCCAGUUUGCCCUGCUGUGUCCAGCCCUGCUCUACCAGAUUGACAGCAGAGUCUGUAUCCAGAGCCCAGCUCCUGCACCUCAAGGGGACUUACUGUCAGCCCUGGCUCAUAGUGCUCUGGCUGUCCUGGUGCUCAGCGCGUUGGCUCCCUUUUCCAUACUACUGUUACGAUUCCUGGGGUCCUGGCUGCUGCAUCCUCUGUUGGGCUUCUUGGGGGCACUGGCUGUGGGCACACUUUGUGGAGAUGCUCUGCUGCACCUGCUGCCACACGCUCAGGGAGGGCGUCACGGUGGGAACCUAGGCCCCGGGCUGGCUGUGCUAGGAGGUCUCUUCCUCCUCUUUGUCUUGGAGAAUUUACUUGGGAUUUUUCGGCAUGGUGGGCUACGAUUGAGAUGCUGUAAGCAAACAAGAAGAGGUCCUGGAAGUCAGGAUCUAGAAAAUGGUAGAGGAACAACUCUUCAGCCCCUGAGGGAAGGUCCAGAUACAGUGACUGAAGGGCCACAGGAUCUGGGUGGCCAACUUUCCACAGCCCCGCUCUCUCUGACACAAGAGCGCCACGGACAUAGCCAUGGACACCCAAGCAGUGAGAAUACUCAAAUCACAUGGAUGGUCCUGCUGGGAGAUGGACUCCACAACUUCACAGAUGGGCUUGCCAUUGGAGUUGCUUUCUCUGAUGGUUUUUCUAGUGGUAUCAGCACUACCCUGGCUGUCUUGUGCCAUGAACUUCCCCAUGAAUUAGGUGACUUUGCUAUGCUGCUCCAGGCUGGGCUACCCUACAAAAGGCUUUUGCUGUUGAGCCUGGUGUCAGGGGCCCUGGGGCUGGCUGGUGCAGCCCUGGGAGUGGGUCUCAGCCAGGGCCCUGCCCCAUUUACUCCCUGGGUUUUUGGGAUCACUGCUGGUGUCUUCCUUUAUGUGUCACUUGUGGAUAUGCUGCCCACCCUGCUUCACCCUGCAGACCCUCUGCCUACAUCUCACAUCCUGCUGCAAGGGCUAGGACUGCUGCUGGGGGGGUGUCUCAUGCUGACUAUUGCCCUGUUUGAGGAGCAGCUGCUCCCCCUGCCCUUAGAUGGCUAAAGUGGAACCACAGAAAGAAGGGGU